CAGCAAGCAGUGAGAGUGAGACAGUGUCAGAGGAUGCUCCUGGUCUGCAGGGCCCAGUGCUGAGGGAGGUCCACAGAGCCAACUGGUGCCCACCAUGUCUCACCACCAACACUACCAGCGAGGCCCCCAUGGCCGCACCAUGAGCUCUGAGGAGAGGAGCUCCACGCCAGUCAACAAGACCUCCACACCGGUUCACAAGAGCGCCUCUUCAUCUUCCUCUUCCCAGCGCGACAGCCGGCAGGAGGCAGACAGCUGGGAAAUCAUUGAGGGGCUGAAAAUUGGUCAGAGCAACGUCCAGAGGCCUGAUAAACACGAGGGGUUUAUGUUGAAGAAGCGGAAAUGGCCCCUGAAAGGCUGGCACAAGCGUUUUUUUGUUCUGGACAAUGGUAUCCUGAAGUACUCCAAGUCCCCCAUUGAUAUCCAAAAAGGCAAACUUCAUGGCAGUAUCGACGUCGGCCUCUCAGUCAUGUCCAUCAAGAAGAGGGCCCGUCGCAUCGACCUGGACACUGAGGAGCAUAUCUAUCACCUGAAGGUCAAAUCUCAAGACAUCUUUGAUGCCUGGGUGUCGAAGUUGCGUCAUCAUCGGCUUUACCGCCAGAACGAAAUUGUGCGAUCUCCCAGAGAGGCCACUAUGCGAACAUUUCCUCCCCCAGCUGCCAUUGAGUCCCCCCAACCUGCCUCGAGUGUGGUUCGUGAAGCCAAGCAGGCCAAGCCCAGCAGCUUGCCAUGGCAGCCGGUGGCCCCCAGUAGCGGCAGCAACAGCAGCCUGCCUGCCUCCUACAGUAACGGCCAGAGCAAGGUGGUUGCUUGGCUGCAGGAAUCAGAGGAGAUGGACAAGUGCGCCGAGGAGCUCGCACGAUGCCAGUCCAACCUGACUGAGCUGAGCCGGUUAUUGCAGAGUCUGGAGAUUCUGCAAAGGACACAGUCAGCACCCAACUUCACAGAUAUGCAGACCAAUUGUGUUGAAUUGUCAAAGAAAGAAAAGCGCUUGAACAGAAGAUGGAGAACAAAAAGUGUCGGCAAAGAUGCAAAAUUCCAGCUUCAGGUCCCUCUGUCUGCCAGCAUGUCCCCCAUCCGCCUCCACUCAUCCAACCCCAACCUGUGUGCCGAGCUGGUGGACUUUCAGCCCCCUGUCUCCCGGCUGACAGAAAGUGUAGAGUGUGCCAGUGACUACAUUAAACUUCAGGAGGAAUUCUGCACCAUCGCCCAGAAAGUCCACUCUCUGCUGAAAUCUGCCUUCAACACAGUGGCCAUAGAAAAAGAGAAGAUCAAACAGAUUCUGUCUGACCAGGAGCAGUCAGACCAGUCCGCCCAGAUCAACUCUCUCAGGAAGUCUCUGUCACAGGCCCUGUCCCAAAACGCAGAACUUCGAACCCGACUCAACCGCAUCCACUCUGAAUCUGUCCUGACUGAACAAGUUGUCAGUGUGAACGUCAUCUCCACGCCUGAUGAGGCUGGGGAACAGAUGGGGAUCCCUCUGACUCAGCAGGCCUCUAAUGAGAGCCGACUCUCCAUGUCGGAGUCUGUCUCUGAGUUCUUUGAUGCCCAGGAAGUGCUUCUGUCAGCCAGCUCGUCGGAGAAUGAGGGCUCAGACGAUGAGUCAUAUGUCAGCGAUGUGAGUGAUAACAUUUCUGAGGACAACGCCAGUGUGACUGAUAACGUCUCCAGACAAAUGGCAAACGGAGACUUUGCUGGCAGUGCCUUCCGUAAUGGGCGGCGCACCUGCCUGUCGGCGCCGUGUCCUGACACCAGCAACAUUAACCUCUGGAACAUCUUGAGAAACAACAUUGGCAAGGACUUGUCCAAAGUGUCCAUGCCUGUGGAGCUCAAUGAGCCCCUCAACACCCUGCAGCGUAUGUGUGAAGAGCUGGAGUACAGCGAGCUGCUGGACAAGGCUGCUGAGACCGAGGAUCCCUUUGAACGCAUGGUUCUCGUCGCUGCUUUUGCCGUCUCAGGCUACUCAUCCACUUACUACAGAGCAGGAAGUAAGCCAUUCAACCCGCUACUCGGAGAGACUUAUGAAUGUAUUCGGGAAGACAAGGGCUUCUGUUUUUUCUCGGAGCAGGUGAGCCACCACCCUCCCAUCUCCGCCUGCCACUGUGAGUCUAAGAACUUCACCUUCUGGCAAGAUGUGAGAUGGAAAAACAAGUUCUGGGGAAAAUCGAUGGAGAUUUUACCAAUUGGGACUGUGAAUCUCAUGAUUCCCAGGUUUGGAGAUCACUAUGAAUGGAACAAAGUCACCACCUGUGUACACAACAUCCUCAGUGGACGGCGGUGGAUCGAACACUACGGGGAGAUCACCAUCAGAAACACAAAGAGCAGCGCCUGCCUCUGCAAACUUACCUUCGUCAAGGGAAACUACUGGAGUUCUAAUGUGAAUGAGGUUCAAGGAUUUGUGAUGGAUCAGGAGGGGAAAGUGAUCCACAGGCUCUUUGGAAAAUGGCACGAGGGCCUUUACUGUGGUGUCCCACCUUCUGCCAAAUGCAUCUGGAGGCCAGGCUCCAUGCCCACAGACUAUGAGCUGUACUAUGGCUUCACCAGGUUCGCCAUUGAACUAAAUGAGCUCUGCCCCGAGUUGAAAGAUGUUCUGCCCCGAACAGAUGCAAGAUUCAGGCCAGAUCAAAGGCAUCUGGAGGAGGGGAACUUGGAGAUGGCAUCCUCAGAGAAGCAGCGUAUUGAGGACCUGCAGAGAACCAGGAGGAAGUGGAAAGAGGAGAACGACAUCAAACAGGAGCCACGCUUCUUCAAGAAAGUGGUUGAUGGCAAUCACAGGGAGAGGUGGGUCUCAAACAACACGUACUGGGAGCUCCGCAAAAAUCCCGGCUUCAUCAAUAUGGAACAUACAGUGAACCUGUGGUAGCACACGGAUCGACAAGUCCAUCAUGUGGUCAUCGCAGAUAAGAAGGCUGUUACCUAUGCACAAUGAGGUGUUAAAGAGAAACACGUUGAUGAUGAAACAUCUGUGUGCAUGGACUGCAGACUGAGGAAUGGCCUGAUGCCCAGCAACCCUGUCGAGGUUCUGUGGCGCUGCCACACGGUCAUCCAUCCAUGGAAACAUCCUGUAGGAUCACCUUCAUUGUGCUUGUCGAAGCUGGGUUGUCAGGGCAACAAUCGUACCACUCCUAUGUAGAUCUUUCCUCAGCUCCUUUGACUUCUGAGUAUGUCCUUGCCUUAAAAAGACACCCAUACAAACGAUUUAGCGCUUUUUUUGUUGAGGCCAUUUGAUUUCUGACAGCCGUUUGGGUUAGACUAGUCUAUGAAGUAGACCUUUUGAUUACCUACAAUACCGUGCAUGUUUAGAGAGCAGCUUUCACUGGCAUAAAGCCGUAUUUACUAUAUCAUCAAUUAUUGUAGAAAAAAAAGAGGUAUUUUUAUAAAAUAUCUUGGACUCUGAAUUUAGUGAAAUAGCAUUAUGUGAAUUGGCAGAUUUUAUUUAUUUUUUGCCUUUUAAUACUGUUGAAUCUGUGUGAUAGCAGUACUCUCUCUCGGGAAACAGCUCAUUUAAAAUUAAUCUCGACCGCAGCAGAGGAAGUACAGUGUCCAUAGAUGGAGUUUUUAAACGAAUAUUUUUCAAACAGCAGCUCUCAAAGCUUGUGGUGUGGUGAAAGGAGAGGCAGGAUUCAGAUGAACAUCCUACUCUGGUGUUUUGAACACGUGAUGCAGGCGCACACCUUCAAACUUUACAGAUGUUUUUCUUUUUUUAAACCGUCAACAGAGAUCUGUCGUGGUGUCCGUUGUGUAAAUAGAGGGACCAGCCCUCCCCUUGCCCCACUGUCUAAUUUUAAACAUAGUUACAUGAAACCAACUCCUCUGAAUCAAUGGUUACAUAAAUACACACAUAACUCCCUCCAUAUAUAGUGGGCACACAUUCAGUCUUACUCUCUGAAUGUGGUGCAGAUAAAUGUGACGUAAUGGGCACGCUCAAACUCCAGACACUUAUCUGAAUCAAAGGUCGAAGACAAGAUGGUGAAGACAGUUGUAAAGAUUGUAAAGCCUUCUGAGAAACUUGAUUUUAGGUUUUAUAAAUAAGACUUGAGAGUGAAACAUGAGAAAAGCAGACACAUUUCCAGUACGAGGCUAAAUACUCAUCUACACCCAGCCAAUGUGCAAUUAUUUUCAAAUUAUCAACAAUGUAAUUAACAAAUUAUUCAUUUUCUGUAAUAAAUAGUCCCAUCACAGUUUACCAAAGGCCAACAUCCUUGUUCUGACAGACAGACAGACAGGACAGAGGCGACAGAGAGACA